CCAAAUGUCUUCACUUUCCACAGGGCCAAGCUCUCGACCAGCAUGCUAAGAAGAGUGUGAGGGUGCUUGUUGUGGGCAACCCCGCCAACACCAAUGCCCUCAUCUGUGCCAAGUAUGCUCCUUCUAUCCCCAGGGAGAAUUUCUCGGCCAUGACCCGCCUGGAUCAGAACCGAGCUCAAGCCCAGAUCGCCAGCCGUCUUGGGGUCCCGGUGAAUGAUGUCAAGAACGUGAUCAUCUGGGGCAACCACUCUUCCACCCAGUUCCCAGAUGUUCGUCAUGCUGUCGCCACCAUCAAUGGGCAGGAAGUCCCUGUCUAUGACGCUAUUAAGGAUGACGCUUUCUUGAAGGGAGAGUUCAUUACAACUGUCCAGAAACGUGGUGGUGCUGUCAUUGCCGCUCGUAAGUUGUCUUCUGCAAUGUCUGCUGCCAAGGCUGCUUGCGACCACAUGAAGAGCAUCUGGCAGGGCACCGCUGAUGGCCACUUUGUCUCCAUGGGAGUCUUCUCCGACGGUUCCUACAACACCCCUGAAGGUGUCAUGUACUCCUUCCCGAUCACCAUCAAGGACAAAGCCUGGACCAUCGUGAAGGAUCUUCCCAUUGACGACUUUGCACGUGAAAAGAUGGAUGCCACUGGAAAGGAGCUCUGUGAAGAACGCGAUGAUGCCCUUGCAGUGUGCCAGGAUUAGGAAGUCGCGGCAGCUAGACCCAGGCUCUGAGAUAGACCAUCUAACUAUACACAUUGUUUAAGUAUAUAUAUAUAUAUAUAAACAUAUAUGAACAUGACUUUGCUCAAGAAACAACCACAGUACUAAAAUGGGUUUGUGCAAAGUGACCCAACAUAUGAAGAAUAUAGACGGUUUUGAGAAGCGAGAGGUGUAAUGUCUAACCAUAAAUGUUGGUAUGCAAGAAUUCUACUUGACCCUUCAUUGUGGUUUAAUUUUGUUGGUUUUUGUUAUUUGAUUAUGUGAAGAAAAAAGAGUGGAACUUUGUUCAGUAUGUCAUCGUAGCCAAUUUAUGUAGGUACAUCAGAAGAGCUUGUCCUGCGGGUGUUUGUUUUAAAGCACAGUUUAUUUUGUGGUUCACUUGGUUUGCCUCGUCACUCUUCCUCAAUUUUAGUAAUUUAGAUCAUUAUGUACAUACACCCUUCAAGAACCUUUUCAUUACAUAGAUGAUGUAGUGUGUAUAUAUACUGCUUUCUUAGUAACGUGCAAAUACCAGGCAUUUGUUACCAUGGGAGUGGUAUAAUCUCAUCCUGAGUUUAACUGCCACCUGAUGUUAAUUUAAUUACAUUUCAAAAUGUAUGAUUUAAACAACUGGAAUGUAUAUGAAAGUUGUAUUUGUGGGAUUUUAGCACUGUUAUUGUUUUGUUAGGCAAAGCGGAAGUAUGAACUUAGAAACAUAAAAUGAUAAAAAAUGAA